AUGGCGUUGAAACUAAUGGACCCAAACUCCACUCUAUCAUCUCCAUUCUUCUCCCCUGUGGAGAACGGCCACAACGUUUCAGUGAACCAUACCUCCUCUCGUCCAUAUCCUUAUCCAGACGUCACCUACGUGGACUUCUAUCUGCAUGAGCCCUUGGUGUCCGCUAUCUUCAUAGUAUCCUACCUCCUCAUCUUUAUUGUGUGCAUGGUGGGAAAUGGAGUGGUGUGCUUCAUUGUUUUAAGGAGCAAGAACAUGCGUACGGUCACCAAUCUCUUCAUUCUCAACCUGGCUAUCAGUGACCUGUUGGUUGGCAUCUUCUGCAUGCCUACAACAUUGGUGGACAAUAUCAUCACAGGCUGGCCUUUUGGCAGUUUGGUGUGUAAGUUGAGCGGGAUGGUGCAGGGAAUAUCUGUAUCUGCCUCUGUCUUCACAUUAGUGGCCAUCGCUGUUGACAGAUUCCGCUGCAUUGUCUAUCCCUUCAAACAGAAGCUCAAUAUCUCCACCUCCACCCUCAUCAUCAUCAUCAUCUGGGUUCUGGCCAUCUCCAUCAUGUGUCCGUCUGGUGUCAUGCUACAGGUCACCAAAGAGCACAGAGUCUCUAUCUUGCUAAGCGAUGGCAACAGCACACAACCCUUCUACUGGUGCCGUGAGAACUGGCCAAACCAGGAGAUGCGCAAGAUUUACACCACAGUACUCUUCGCUAACAUUUAUUUGGCACCUCUGACCCUAAUUGUCAUCAUGUAUGCCCGGAUUGGAAUCACGCUCUUCAAAACAUCCAUGCCUGUCCCUGUGAGCCAAGUUGGGACUUCAGGCUCCGGUUGUAGCAUUGGGAAAAACAGCAGAUAUGAAAGUCGUCAGCUGGUGUCCCGGAAAAAGAAGCGGGUCAUUAAAAUGUUGCUAGUGGUGGCCCUGCUCUUCAUCUUGUCCUGGUUGCCGUUGUGGGCACUCAUGAUGCUGAGUGACUACGCAAGCCUGAGUGAGCGUCAGCAUCGUAUUAUUAACAUCUAUUUUUAUCCUCUGGCCCACUGGCUGGCGUUCUGUAACAGCAGUGUAAAUCCCAUAGUCUAUGGGUUUUUCAAUGAGAACUUUCGCAAAGGUUUCAAGGCAGCCUUUAAGCUUCAGCUCUGCUCAGCCCAUUCGGGGCUGAGAAGGAGCUACUCUCACCGUCUGCAAGGGAAUGCUGUAUUACCUGCCAACUUGCCCCUGACCAAGGAGUCUGCACUGGAGGCUGGAGGUCCGAGACCAGGACAGGUGCUCAUCCAAGAGCUGGUGUCGGUGGGCAGUGGGAGGGGUCUGGGUGAGAGAAGCCAGUCAUCAGGCAAAGAAAACGCGAAAGAACAGGAUCUGAUCAUGGAAGAUCUGGAGAAGGUAAUGUACGAUCUAUAGGUGCUUAGUGAUUUCUUGGAACCCGGUCAAAGAUACUGUGCGCUCAGAUGAUUUGAUGCUCAUGAAAGGCUGAUUUUUCCCUUCUCGUUGAGGGUUGUUCUGCUGGGAGGACACCUUGAGUUCAUCUUUCAUCUCUUUUCAUCUAGGCAAAGAUGAAAUUUCAAAUUUUAUGACAAUAAUUGUGCCAGACAGGCAGACUGAGCUGGAGGGGUUAAAAUUCAGACAUUGUGUGUGACAAACACAAAGAAGGCCAUUUUGUGGACUUAGCUUUGACCUAAUAAGAUGAGAAAUGAAAUGACAUCUCACUGGCUGCCAAAUAAUGCCCAGUGUCAUUUCAUGGCUGUAUUAGCUGAUUGCAUUCACCCUGUUUGACCUGAGGAAAGAACCCUGAGGUUUGUCGAAAAUUUCAAGGCCACGAGGCAACAACAUGGAUAUUUCCAUGACUUUAAGCCUCAUCUGACUCAAGUGCCUGAACAGGGGAAAUCAGAGAGUGCUUUCUAUUGCAUCUCCUCUCUGUCUGGUAAAAUGACUGCAUUUUGUUCAAGUGGUCUGUUCAGUUUCUC